AUGUCGGAUGCUGAUGUCUUUGACCUGUGGUUCGACAACUCGGUGCAGCAGGCUGUUUUCGUCUUUUGCCGUAAUCCAGGGUCCUUCAAGCCGGACGAUCUCCUGUCGCAACCGCAGUCGCAGUCCCAGUCGCAUCCGCCGCCGCAGCCUGCCCAGCAACAACAGCAGCAGCAACAGCAACGGCCCCAGUUCCAGCCUCCCCCGCCUCCUCCUCCGCGACGAAAUCAGCAGCAGCAACAACAGAAGCAGCAGCAGUCCAAGAUCCAGCGUCCGCCGCUGCCGCAGCCGCAGCCUGACCUCCGACGUCAACCUCCUCCCACUCCUCCUCCCUUCGCCGCCGACAUGUCGGUCGCCAACACCGCCAACGGCAAGCCGCAGCAGCAGCAGCGCCCCUCGAGAAGCCCUGCCCCGCCCCGCGACGAGGAGGCCGUCUCCAAGAUCCCGAAUCUCCUCCCCCACGAGCGCGUCUUUCCUAUCCAGAUAGGAUCCGAGCUGUUCAAGCUGUCCGGCGCCUCCAUUUCGUCUGAUGGUGCGUCCACGAUCCCUGUCUUCCCUGCCAACGCGAACCCGAUCCUCGACAUCCGCCGGCAGGACCGGCCUCGUGCCGCGACCACCCACGAUACCACCGUAUAUAUUAACUUGCCUGACUACUUCUACUGCCAGGUCAAGAAGGCGAAAGAGACCGGCGAGGACCUCUCGAGUGCCAUCCGCACCCUGUAUAUCGACCGCGACCCAAAGACCUUCGCCGACAUCUCCCUCCACCUCCAAGGCUACCAUGUCAAGCCGCGAGACGGCACGCACUUUCUGAUAUCACAACUGUACGAGGAGUCAAUCUUCAUCUCCAUCGGCCACCGCGAGUUCCAGAUCCCCCGCGACAUCUUCACCGACCCGGGCAACUCCCCCAACUUCUUCUCCCUCGGCUUCGCCGUCUUCUUCUCGAACCCAGAGGACCUCUUCCCGGGCCUCGACCGCGAAGGUCUCCUCCGCCCUCCCUCCAUACUGCCCCCCUCCGUCGCGAACCGCUCCGCCGACACCUUCGCCGAGAUCCUCCACCUCCUCCGCGGCUACCCCGUCACCAUUCGUAACGAGACCCACCGCGCCGAGCUCCUGCGCGACUGCAGAUACUUCAACUUCAAGGGCCUCGAGCAGAAGCUCAUCCCCCACCACAUCAGUUACAACCAGUCCCGCCGCCGCGAAGAAAUCGUCCUGCGCCUCGAGGACAUCCUCAAGAGCGGCAUCAGCGUAGCCGCCGACGCCUCCUCAGCCAUAUCCUCGCCCUCGGGUGACCACUUCGCGGGCUGGGUCAACUACGCCCGCCCCUACGUCGACGAUCGUGCGGCCGAGCUCGUCCUCGAGAUCGGCGGCGAGAGCACCCGCCUGCACUUCCAGCCAAACUCCAUCCGCGCGGAGUUCUUCCGGGACACCCGCGCCCGCGUCGCCCGCAUGUUCGAGGUCGUCGCGACCAAGCUCAACCUACCCCCGACCACCCAACCCCUGGGCCUGCUCAUGGCAUCCGGCGGCGCAGGCAGCCAGCCCCCGACUCCGGGACACACGCCUCUCAGUGAAGACCUCGUCCGCGUAAUCAUCGACCCGGACACCUCCAUCACCCUCGACGGCAAACCGCACACCUUUGACACCCCCGCUCCCGCAGACGACCAGGCCUCGUCAACCUCGAGCACCGGUCAAGGCGGCGGACACGAGUCUCCCUUGGCGUCCACCGCUGCCGCCUUCCUCCCGAACUCGCGGAAGCGCCGACGCAUCGACUCGUCUGGCUACGCCGCCGGCGGCAGCCACGCCGCUCUGGCGGCCGAGGAAUGGGUCGUCAGGACGGGCCAGUGGCGGCUCAAGAUCCAAGGCACGCGCAACGGCAAGAGCGGCGUAGAGUGCGUGCUCGUGGCCGUCAAGCUCGACGCCUACAGCUCCGAGAGCGCGCGCAAUUCGGCCAGGGCGUUCCUGAAUGGGUGA